AUGGGCAAGGAUACCAAGCUUGAUAUUGCCGAGGACGCCAUGUCCUUUGUUCCUCCGAGUAUCGACAGAGCCCGUCUGCUCACGGGAGAUUCCUACGCCUACUAUACGCCAUGCCCGGCCGGAAUCACACCAUUUGACAAGAGUUCAUCGACGCCGCAAUCAACAAAGGCGACACCAUGUGUACUCGGGGUUGAUGAGGCCGGCCGUGGGCCUGUUCUAGGCCCUAUGGUCUACGGCGCCUUCUAUCUUCCUCUGGAGUUGCAUCACUCUCUCCUGGCGACAGAACACAGCUUCGACGACAGCAAAGUUCUAACACCCGCAGUGCGUGCCAAUCUGAUGCGAUUGAUCAACACACCCGGAGAAAACCUUUACGAAUUAUGCGGAUAUGCGAUCAAGGUACUUUCGGCGCGUGACAUUGGUUCCGGGAUGAUGAAGCCAGGCGCUGCAGUGUACAACCUGAAUGCGCAAGCCAUGGACGCAACAAUCGAAAUUAUCCGAGGAGUUUUGCAAGACCAUGCGGUAAAUGUGCAAGAGAUUUAUAUCGAUACUAUUGGGAAUCCGGCAACCUACCAAGCCAAGCUUGAGCGCAUCUUCCCGUCCAUCAAGAUCACCGUGGCCAAAAAGGCCGACUCGUUGUAUCCGUGCGUCAGUGCGGCGAGCGUAGCCGCGAAAGUGACCCGAGAUGUUGCUUUAGAGGUCUUGUACGAACACGUGCUCAGGGCUCAGCAGCUUGACGAGAACGCCACUCCCCUCGAGGGGUGGGGAAGCGGUUAUCCUUCCGACUCCAAAUGUGUUGGCUGGCUUCGGCGUAACAUGGAUCCUGUGUUUGGCUGGGGCAGUGAAUGCCGCUUCAGUUGGGGUACAGCCAAGGAAAUGUUGGAACAGAAGGGUGGCGUGCGCGUCGACUGGCCAGCCGAUGAAGAUGAAGGUAGCGGCAUGCUCAGCGAUUUCUUGCUCACAUCCGGACCUGGCAAGACUACAAGUAAGGACGGCCUGAAAGAAUGGUUUGGACAACGUCAAGCAGAGAUUUUUUGA